AUUAGGGUUAGAUAAGUAGCCGGCACUCUGUGGAGCAGUAGCGUCAGCAGCGUCAACAGCGUCAGCGCGAGGGCAGCCGGCAGUUUGUGCUCGUAAUAUUAAAGUUACUCUCACCUCAACGCGCACAAUGGCUGAGAAGAUGGACAUGGAGGAAGGGAAGAAAUCCAACGGCGAGCCAUACCUCGAUGAGGCGCUGGCCAACGGCACGAAGAGCCUCAAUAAGGGCAAAGAGCCGCUGGCCCAGCGGGUGAAGAGGAUAGUGAUGGCCAACUUGCUGGUUAUUCUCACGGUUGCUGGUGUCCUCAUCGGUGUUUGUAUUGGACUUGGUGUACGCAACGUGGCUCUGUCCAGGACCCAAAUCAUCUACAUCGGCUUCCCCGGCGAGAUUCUUAUCCGGUUGCUAAAAAUGAUCAUCAUUCCCCUCGUGGUGUGCAGUUUAGUGUCCGGGUCUGCCAGCAUUGACCCUAAAGCCUUGGGCAAACUCGGCGGCUGGGCUAUGCUCUUCUUCCUGGUCACCACCUUAAUUGCAUCUGCUAUUGGGGUUGUGAUGUGCUUAAUUUUAACCCCUGGGGUAGGUUCAAUAGCCAAACCCAAGGUACAAGGCAUGGAUGGAGGGGUGCCUGUCGCUAAAGAAGUGAUAGACUCCUUCUUAGAUUUGAUCAGAAACAUAUUUCCCUCCAACUUGGUGUCUGCUGCCUUUCAAUCAUAUGCAACCAGCUACAAGCUAGUAACCAAAAAUGGCACUGAUGGAAACCUCAAUUUCACAGUGGAGAAGGUACCCUUUGGAACAGACCAGGAUGGCAUGAAUAUUCUUGGUCUGGUAGUGUUUGCCAUUGUGUUUGGUGUGGCUUUGAGGAAGCUGGGAGAGGAAGGCGAGAUCCUCAUCAAGUUCUUCAACUCCUUCAACGAGGCCACCAUGGUGCUGGUCUCCUGGAUCAUGUGGUAUGCCCCUCUUGGUAUCAUGUUCCUUGUAGCUGGCAAGAUUGUUGAGAUGGAGGAUGUUGCCACACUAUUUGCCAGUCUGGGAAAAUAUAUAGCCUGUUGUAUCAUCGGACAUGCCAUUCAUGGCCUUCUCGUUCUGCCCGCCAUUUACUUUGUCAUUACAAGAAAGAACCCAUACACCUUCCUCUGGGGGAUAUUCACAGCGCUGGCAACGGCCUUUGGGACAAGCUCCAGCUCUGCCACUCUGCCCCUGAUGAUGAAGUGUGUGGAGGAAAAUAACGGCGUCUCCAAGCACAUCAGCCGUUUCAUCCUGCCCAUCGGAGCGACGGUCAACAUGGACGGUGCUGCUCUCUUCCAGUGUGUGGCUGCUGUUUUCAUCGCUCAACUGAACGACACUUCCCUUAACUUCAUCCAGAUCAUCACCAUCCUUGUGACAGCUACAGCAUCCAGUGUUGGAGCAGCUGGUAUACCUGCUGGUGGUGUGCUGACCCUAGCCAUCAUCCUGGAGGCAGUAGGACUGCCCACCCACGACAUCUCUCUCAUCCUGGCCGUUGACUGGCUUGUUGACCGUACCUGCACAGUGCUGAAUGUAGAGGGCGAUGCUUUUGGCGCUGGGCUCUUGCAGCACUUUGUGGACCGCACUUCCAAACAAGAGCAGGGAGCAGAGCUGAGCGAGGUCAGGCUGGAAGGAGACCCAUCAACACCUGCGCCCGAGCACUCGCCGCUCAUUGAGAAGCGAGGUGGGAGGGACAGUGUAGAAGGUGCCAAGAAGGCUGGUGAAACUGAGUCUUUCAUGUAAUCCAGCUGAUGACACUCUCAAUGACACUCACUUAUUUCACACUACUACAAAACCAAAACCUGAGGUUCAAACGCCCAUUAUCCUUUUAUUUUGUCUGCCCAGAAGACAAGCGAGGAUGGACAUGCACACUGUGAUGCAAUGAAACCUUCCCUGUCCUCAACACUAAUCUGGUCCAUAUUAUGGCAGUGACUUUUGUUUCCUUGUUGUGGGACAGUACAUGCAUUAGGCUGGUUACUAAUGUUGCAUUGGGUUUGUCCUCUUCAAUUUAUAAAGACAGCAUUUUAUCAUGUGACCAAGUUGUAUAAACCAGGUGUUUAUUAUUACACUGUACAUCCAAUGGGAUGUCAAGAGGCUCUUCCAGUGCCCCUCUGACAUUUAAUUUUAUAAAUAAGGAGAAAUGUUACACUAAUGUAUGAUUAGGAAACGGAAGUUAUGUGGAUGUAGUUACCAAUUGGGCCCCCUGUAACCAAUGUGUACACUGCUCAUAUUUACCAUGAGGUCAGCUUUGUGGUGGAAAACAUGAAAAUGUCUGUCUUUAAAAGUUGACUAAAGACCACCACACAGCUUGCAGUCUGUUUUCAUAUGUUCCAUCUGGAGUCUAAUAUCUUAAUAAUUAAAGAAAUGUGUAAUUUUAUUAUGCAUGAUUAUGGCCACUUUCAUGCAGAGUUCUUAUGUAUUAUAACUAUAUAUAUCUUGUUCAAUUUGUCACAGCAUAUAAAAUACUAGUGUAACUAGGCUAUAUUCCAUAGACUCUGCAUGUAAAUGGCCCAUAAUGUCUGUAUAACAAAAGGCACAAACAUUUUAUUUUUAUUUUUCUUAUAGUUUAGUCUGUGGUUAUUCCAUGCCAAUGGUUCUCAUGUACGAUGCCUUUCUCACGCUAUAAAGAAAUAGCACUAAAAGGAAAUGGAAAAGAUAUUCUCAAUGUCCCUAAACUAAAUGAAGGAACUUUUCCCCAAGAACUCUAAUGAUGUCAACAUGUAUGGCCACAGAGUGACCUCAGGGCACUCCUGCCUCUUCUAAUGGACACCAGUGUGAAGGCAGGCAACACAACCUCAGGUUUAACUAUGGCUUGAAGACUGUCUUAUAUUCUGAGACCAAAAUCACUCCAACUCAGCAAACAUGAAGGACACUGUUGAAUUCCUGAUAUCAUUGAACGACAUUUUCAAGGAGAUGUAUAUUUAAUUUUUUUUACUAAAGCUGACAUUUUACUCAUGAUGUUGCACUGUGUAGUCACCAGCAUCUUGGCAAGGCACAAAUGCAUUUUAAAGCACAGACUGUAAUGAGGACAUUUGUUUGAUGUUUUAUAAAGCGUAGUGUGACUUCAUGUGAUGCAAGUAAAAACAAAGUCCUUCCACAACAAGGUUGUCUCUACGUUGAUGGAAUAGCAGCAGUGGACUGCUGGUUUGUGUUGACCGUUAAGCCCGGAACCUGUAUGAGUUGUAAGUCUCCAUUAAAACUUUGUUUUGCUUAUGAUGGCCAUAAACAUGAAAUACUAGUUAUAUCGGUGUUAGGCUUUCUCGUAUGUUAUUGAGUCAGAUAAUUAUGCCUAUUUAUUUCCCUAAUCAAAAUCCAAAGACUGUUUUAUUUUUUUUAAGCCGAUGUUUUGACAUGUCAGUAACUCCAAAUUUUGAUUGUCUGCCAGCUUCCAAGUCUUCUUGUAAAAAGUGGUUGGUGGUAGAUUUUGUUUUUAUACAUGUUGUGGGUGAGUUUAGACCUAUGUACAAGAUGCUUCCAUUUGGAGUUUUCUCUUGCAAUUUUGCAGUGUGCAUUUAGGAAACUUCAGACUCUGGUGCCGGUAUGAAUUGUUUUGGCUGCACACUUGAGUCUAUUUUCAAAUGCAACAUGCAUAUGCAAUUAUGUGUGCAACAUAUGCAAUGUAUGAUUAACUGCUGUUGCACUAUUGAAUGUUUAUCUUCAUCCAUAUCACCUUUGACUGUUGAAAGCUCUACCAAAUGACAGCAGUAUAUGCUACUAAUGUUCUAUACAAAGUUUCUCACGUCGGUUUUCUUUAUCAGCUUUAUAUUGUUGUCGUGAUGGUCCUCUAUGAAAUCACUGUGGGCCUGUGGCCUCAUUAUUACUACAGCCGAAUGUCUAAAAUGUUAACCAUUUGGUGGAAGGUUGUAAAGAUGUUGUCAUUCUGUUCUGAGAUCUUUCACCAUAUGGCUGUCUGGUCUGAGCAUAGUAUUUGUGUGUCUACAUGUACUUGUAAUGAUUUUAUCAGCGUGGCCGCGCUUAAAAAAAAAAAAAAAAGUUUCCCGGUUACAGUCUGAAUUUAAUGUCUUUAGGGUUUACACAAUAAAGGUUCUUUUUCUUA